CCAUGCCGGAAUUGGGGAGAUCUGAGAUGAUGGAAGGACAUCUGGGCCUGGCGGAUCCUGGAGGACGGGGGUCCGAGGGUCCCGGAGUGAAGAAACUCUACUCGGAGUAUCUGGCCCCGCAGGGCGCCCCCCGCCGCUGAGGAUGAGUCACUGCAGCAGCCGUGCCCUGACUCUGCUGAGCAGCGUGUUCGGUGCGUGUGGCCUGCUGCUGGUGGGCAUCGCGGUCAGCACGGACUACUGGCUGUACAUGGAGGAGGGGACCGUGUUGCCACAGAACCAGACCACCGAGGUCAAGAUGGCGCUGCACGCAGGGCUCUGGAGAGUCUGCUUCUUUGCAGGUCGGGAGAAAGGUCGCUGUGUGGCCUCGGAAUACUUCCUUGAACCCGAGAUCAACUUGGUGACGGAAAACACGGAGAAUAUUUUGAAGACAGUGCGCACCGCCACGCCCUUCCCCAUGGUCAGUCUCUUCCUGGUGUUCACCGCCUUCGUCAUCAGCAACAUCGGCCACAUCCGCCCCCAGAGGACCAUCCUGGCCUUCGUUUCUGGCAUCUUCUUCAUCCUAUCAGGCCUCUCCUUGGUAGUGGGUUUAGUUCUGUACAUCUCCAGCAUCAACGACGAGGUCAUGAACAGACCUAGCAGCUCGGAGCAGUACUUUCAUUAUCGCUAUGGCUGGUCCUUUGCCUUCGCUGCCUCCUCCUUCCUGCUCAAAGAGGGGGCCGGCGUGAUGUCGGUGUACCUGUUCACGAAGCGCUACGCCGAGGAGGAGAUGUACCGCCCCCACCCCGCCUUCUACCGCCCGCGUCUCAGCGACUGCUCCGACUACUCGGGCCAGUUUCUGCAGCCCGAGGCGUGGCGCCGGGGCCGCAGCCCGUCGGACAUCUCCAGCGACGUCUCCAUCCAGAUGACGCAGAACUACCCUCCGGCCAUCAAGUACCCCGACCACCUGCACAUCUCCACCUCCCCGUGCUGAGGCCCGGCUCGCAGGCGCCCACCUCUUCCCUUGCCCCCUCGCGCUGCCCGGCCCCUUGGGGAGGAGGCACCCCCACCUCCUCUCUACGCCCCCCCCCCCCCCCCCAUUUCCCGAUCUCUCCUCUCCACUGGGCCCGUUCCCUCCAAGGCGACCCGGGCCCGCCCUUGCGCCGCCCCUCUCCCCGCGGAACCUGGCUCCGAGCGCCCUCCGUCCCGCGGAGUCUUGCACCCAGCUCCCCAGAGCCCCGCGACCUCCUGCCGCCUCUCAGGGGCGCUGGCAUGGAGAGUGGGUUCAGCAGCCGCUGGGAAUGCCCCUCACUGUUCUCUUUCCUCUUUGCUCCUGGCACAAUUACCUCCUGGCCUGCCGGGGCCGCGGUGGUAGUGGACAGGGCCUGUUUGCUCUGUCCACAGCUCCGGGUCGGGAUGUGCGAGCCGCGGGUCAUGACAGGCUAACUUGGGCUUCCCCUUCCCUGAUCCCCCCCUUCUCCCCCAGAGAGACCCCAUUCUCUCUCAUUGGCUGGGCUCUUUGCCCUCCUGAAGGUGACCUGCUUUCUCAGCUCCCCUGGGCUCUUCUUCCACCUCUGACCCUCCAUCUGCACACCCGGAGCAUCCAGCCCCUCACACCAAACAAGGAUGGGGACCCAAAGGUGGAGGGAGCUCUCCCACGCUGUCUCCACGCCUGUGCCCGCUUCUCCCCCCUCGAGAUCCUGUCGGGGGAGGGAGGAGCAGUAGCGGGGGUUGACGCCCCCCAAACCUCUGUCUUCCAUUUUCUAGUACUCCUCCUCAUUAACGUUCCUCUUCCCACCUCAGAAUCCCCCCCCCC